GAGUUGGAGGCGUGGCAGUGAAAUAGACAAAUUUAACGUUCUCAAUUCCAUAUUUUACUUUCUUAAAAAUUAACAUAAUUAUACCCGAUGGACAUAAUUACAACUUUUUGUAGCGUUUAGUUUUUCUGUGUGAUAUACACUGACAUGAUCGACCCUUCCUCGAAUUUGCUGCGUGUAAGUGACAUCACCGGGACGCGGAAAUCCUGUUGUUUCUGUUUGUCUAAACCCCUGAGCCUUGAAACGUGCAAAACAAGGGUACUGCUUACUUAUUUCUGGUAGUAGUGUGGCGGUAAAAUCGGAUCUAAAUGCCAGGUAUCUUUCCAGAUACCUUGUAGGAGAUUCUUGGAGCUGUAAAAAACCUUUGAAAACAGAUUACUCAGUGUGAUCUUUUUCAGGAGAGUAGGUGGGAAUAUUAUAUUUAUUUAUUUAUUUAGCGUUUCUUUAUCUCACGCUUCAAAUAGAAAGUGCUUGUUUCGUAAACUUUUACUUGGGUAUGAUCGAUCUUUGGACGAAAUGAGAGACCUUACUGCAGAGAAAGUUCAUUUUCUACUGAAGUUACCACAAAUCCAGCAGCAUGUCCAAGACCAGGUAGAACAUAAAAGGACUUAAUUUGUAAAAGCCUAGCGAUGGUAGAAGUGAUAAGCAAAGCUGAUACAAACACUGCAGUGAAGGUGAAGUUUCCCCUCGUCGCAGAUGUUAUGACGAAACCUCGGAUCGUCGCUUUCCAGUCCCCUCCGCUCCCUCUGAAUCAGCCUCUCAAAGCCCCGCCUCCACUUCCCGAAGACCCAGUGGGCGGAGUCACUGCAGCAGCCAUCUAUCAAAGGCUCACACAGCAGCUCCUGGGCAAGUUUGGCUCGGUGUCGCCUGGUGGAGUUUAUCAGUCACCCAUCAAAAGCAAAGAAGCUCGAUUCAGCACUAUGCUAGCUACCCUUACUCCUGCAAGACUGGCUUUGACUGUCCAGGCCAUGGAGGCCAUGAAGCAGACGCCGUUAUCCAAGGCGACUUACAGAGACAAUCAGCAAUAAUCAAGACCACGGAACAAAUUCAGCUGAAACGCUUGAAAGAAGUGGAAGUCUAAAGAAAAGCAGAUGCAUAUCAAACAACCCACCAACCUCCCCUGGCAUAUGGCACACCGAUUCUUGCUUCCAGCGUGUAAGAUCUGACGUCACAGGCCUGUGUCAAGGAGGAUACCACCCGGGUGGGUAGGAGGAGCAAGCUUAAAGACCUCCCGGCCAGAAUUAAAGGAGAAAAAGAAUAUCAUCUGAUUAUAUACACACACAGUAGAGAGUCAAUUAUCUGAACUAACAGAAGCUGUGUGCGUAAUACACCACACGUAAUUCAUCAUGUGAUUACAGGUGCGUUUGGUUGAUUAGACAGUAUGGUUAAUCAAAGAUCGGGUAACUGACUCUCUACUGUGUGAAACUCUGUUGAUCCGUGUUGUUGGUGCUGCCCUCUCAAACUGACAUGACACGGCACAUUACACUCGCCCAUUUUUUUUUCAUAACAGUGUACCUCAUACACUUCCAUUUUUGCAGAUGACAAUAUAAUUGUGUAAUACAUCUGUCGCAUGGGUGUCCUGUUUUUAAAGUGCUCCCAUUCCCCCUAUCCAUGUUACUAUGAAUGCUAAUGCCAGCCCAUCACCCUUUCCUCCCUUGUAAAAAACUGUAUUAUGCCAUUGAACAUCUGCAAUUCCAUACAACAGAAAGUUAUGCUAGUUCAUAGAUUCAUAUUACAGCACUAUUGGUAGUCCUUCUGUCAUGCACCUGUGUCUCAUGAUUGACCAUACAUAUACACUUCCCCGCAUGUUGCCCUGCAUGAAGUUCGUCACCCCCCACCCAAACCCAACAAACUGACGGACAUCAAACAUGUGGAUGCCACACAACACAUUGAUCAUGGCAGUGGAAUUCAAAGAGGUACAGUGUGAUGUUGGUGCCACUAUUAUGCAUCUGUUUCCUGCUAGACCUGCAUAAGCAGCACCCAGAGAUACACGACCCCCCAACACACUGGCGUGGCAGUAGACCUCAUACACCUAGUGGACCAUGAUGAUGGAUGUCUCUUGUGUUAUUUGCAGAGAGUUGUAUGUUGUUCUUAUUAACUGGUGAUGGCUGUCUGUGGUUGACUUGCCCUUUCCACUGCUUGUAAGGGGGUGGAAGGGAAUGCAGUUAGAGUUAAAAACCCUAACAUUGCAUUUCCAUACUUUUGUUGUUUUAAUAUCAACCCUUAACUGAUUAAGUUUUUUUGCAAAGAAUUUCCUUCCUUUUUGAGAAUAUAUUUAUAGCUAGAAAGCCUUAUAUUCUAUUAUAUAGCACAAAAAUAAAACUGACUAUAUUUGUAAACUUGAUUAAACACGUCACAGGUUUAUAUAUAAUACACAUGAUUAGCCCCACCCCCUGCCGGCGCUACAAUUUACUGACCCGUUCAUUCUUGUUCGAUGUGGAACAUUAACAGAUUUAGCCUUUUGGUUCACAGCGAUUUGGGGACGCUGUUUGUGCAUUGUGAAGAUUUUGUUUAGACAAAAAGUUAUGUAGUAAUCUAUAACAUAAGUAUUAUGGGUCAAAUAUACAGACGUGCUCAAAUUUGUUGGUACCCUUACAGCUCAUUGAAAUAAUGCUUCAUUCCUCCUGAAAAGUGAUGAAAUUAAAAGCUAUUUUAUCAUGUAUACUUGCAUGCCUUUGGUAUGUCAUAGAAUAAAGCAAAGAAGCUGUGAAAAGAAAUGAAUUUUUGCUUAUUCUACAAAGAUAUCCUAAAAUGGCCUGGACAUAUUUGUUGGUACCCCUUAGAAAAGAUAAUAAAUAAUUGGAUUAUAGUGAUAUUUCAAACUAAUUAGUUUCUUUAAUUAGUAUCACACAUGUCUCCAAUCUUGUAAUCAGUCAUUCAGCCUAUUUAAAUGGAGAAAAGUAGUCACUGUGCUGUUUGGUAUCAUUGUGUGCACCACACUGAACAUGGACCAGAGAAAGCAAAGGAGAGAGUUGUCUGAGGAGAUCAGAAAGAAAAUAAUAGACAAGCAUGGUAAAGGUAAAGGCUACAAGACCAUCUCCAAGCAGCUUGAUGUUCCUGUAACAACAGUUGCAAAUAUUAUUACGAAGUUUAAGGUCCAUGGAACUGUAGCCAACCUCCCUGGGCGCGGCCGCAAGAGGAAAAUCGACCCCAGAUUGAACAGAAGGAUAGUGCGAAUGGUAGAAAAAGAACCAAGGAUAACUGCCAAAGAGAUACAAGCUGAACUCCAAGGUGAAGGUACGUCAGUUUCUGAUCGCACCAUCCGUCGCUUUUUGAGAGAAAGUGGGCCCCAUGGAAGAAGACCCAGGAGGACUCCACUUUUGAAAGAAAAACAUAAAAAAGCCAGACUGGAAUUUGCUAAAAGGCAUAUUGACAAGCCACAAUCCUUCUGGGAGAAUGUCCUUUGGACAGAUGAGUCAAAACUGGAGCUAUUUGGCAAAUCACAUCAGCUCUAUGUUCACAGACGAAAAAAUGAAGCUUUCAAAGAAAAGAACACCAUACCUACAGUGAAACAUGGAGGAGGCUCGGUUAUGUUUUGGGGCUGCUUUGCUGCGCCUGACACAGGGUGCCUUGAAUCUGUGCAGGGCACAAUGAAAUCUCAAGACUAUCAAGGCAUUCUGGAGCGAAACAUACUGCCCAGUGUCAGAAAGCUCUGUCUCAGUCGCAGGUCAUGGGUCCUCCAACAGGAUAAUGACCCAAAACACACAGCUAAAAGCACCCAAGAAUGGAUAAGAACAAAACAUUGGACUAUUCUGAAGUGGCCUUCUAUGAGUCCUGAUCUGAAUCCUAUCGAACAUCUAUGGAAAGAGCUGAAACUUGCAGUCUGGAGAAGGCACCCAUCAAACCUGAGACAGCUGGAGCAGUUUGCUCAGGAAGAGUGGGCCAAACUACCUGUUAACAGGUGCAGAAGUCUCAUUGAGAGCUACAGAAAACGUUUGAUUGCAGUGAUUGCCUCUAAAGGUUGUGCAACAAAAUAUUAGGUUAGGGGUCCCAUCAUUUUUGUCCAUGCCAUUUUCAUUUGUUUUAUUAUUUACAAUAUUAUGUUGAAUAAAAAAUCAAAAGCAAAGUCUGAUUUCUAUUAAAUAUGGAACAAACAAUGGUGGAUGCCAAUUACUUUUGUCAGUUUCAAGUUAUUUCAGAGAAAAUUGUGCAUUCUUCAUUUUUUGUGGAGGGGUACCAACAAAUUUAAGCACGUCUGUAUAAACACAUCUCGCUAUACAGUACAAACCAUCGUAAAUCGACGCUACAUUUCUUGUAUUUUGCCAAUAUUGCAUGUACAGUUGUAAUUUAUCUGUUAGAAUAUAGUGAAUUAGCAGUACAGCUAUGGCCAAAAAGUUUUGCAUCUACAGCUAUGGCCAAAAAGUUUUGCAUCUCCCUGUAUAAUUAAAUCAUUUUCCUUCACAGAGUUGAAUGAAACCUGUGGAAUAAUGAUAUAUUAACAUACUUAAGUACAUCCCACUUUGUAGUUUUCCAUACUUAACGAAAAACUGACAUUUAAAACUAUGAUUUUUAAAACUGUGACAUUUAAAAAAUGUGAAAUUUCGAAAUCCAACAUAUCCAACAUGCCAAAAAAAUAAAUAAAUAAAUUGAUGCAAGGAUAUUUAAAUAUAACCCUUAAAAUAUUGAAUAUAUAAAUUGCAAUACACUGUAGCAUUUUGGAUGUUCGCACUCAUAAACAAAAACUAAUAAAUGAUGUUAGUAGAAAAGUAAAAUUAAUAUAUAAAAAGUUUUCACUAGUUUUCGAUCCACUGAUCUUUGUCGUGCUUGGUAAACGUGCUAACCUCUACAAUACAGACUCCAGCUUCAUGCCCGCCACUUCUUAUUAGCCAAGGACCCGGCAGUGGUUAAUGUUUUUUUUUUCGGUUCUCACUGGAGAAACCAAACCAACCAGUCCCAUAUUCCAAUAGAGAGAGAGCAGAGGAACACAAUGAGGGGUUGUGGCAGUGUGCCCCGCCCCCGUGUGUGUUGCUUGUGGUGUGUUAAUGUUGGUGUAUAGGUAUUGGUGCACAGGAUAUAAAUGCUCUGUGGAGCACGAGUGAUUUAAAAUAUAUAGUUGUAUUUAGGCACGUGGAUUGCAUAAUCACUUCACGUGCAGAUAAAGUAUGUAAGCACGGGAUUGCACAAAUUAGUUCACGUCCUGGGAUUCAAGUGAAUAAUUAAUUGGUAAUUGAAUCCCAGCACAACAGUAUAGAUGCAAGUUUUACUCACUCGGGGUUGUGUGUUUGAUAAGUGGAGACGGGUGUGGAGAGAGAAGGAGAAAAUAAAAAAGUAAGCAAAAUAACAAAUGCUACUCGCAUGAUACUUGUUUAUUUAUUUUGGCCUCAGGUGCUGUGUUCUGUUUUGUUCAAGCUUUUUUAUUUUCUGUGUGUUAUUAAAUGCACUGAGCACCGCAACGUCUCAGUUUCAACUCCAGUACUGCCUGUCUGUGUGUUUCUUUCUGGCCUGACGUCACCCCUACAGUCAGCUUGUUCACAGGGGUCU